AUGAACGUCUCUUGUUUACUGUUCUUGGCCUGUGCUUUCCUUCAGACUGCUUUGGCAGAUAUCGAAUUCACCGACCCAGUAACCGGCUCAGUCCUGGAAGCUGGUCAUGUCGUGACGGCGCAUUGGAAGGACUCGGGAACGUCUCCUCGCAUCUCGGAUCUCGUACAGUACGACCUCUAUCUUUGUGCUCUUUGGGACGCACCCGGUGCAGAUGAUGAAACCGCCUUCCUGAUUCAAGGAGGUGUCUUUGCCCGCGGCAAUUCGGUCUCCUUUGAAAUCAAUCCAGAUGUUAGCGGCGACGCACCAGAAGCAUAUUAUCUGAAAAUGGUCGCCUCAGGACCAGACGUCUUAGUUGUCCGCCAUUCGGGUUGGUUUACGCUCACUGGAAUGGCCGGGCACGACAGCGUCGAUUUCAUGAGUGAUGACCGCGCACACCAAGACCUGCGGAAAAGACAGGCUGUAGGGGCGUACACCAUCCCAUAUCAGUUACAGAGUGGCCCAACAAAAUAUGCACCAAUGGCGAAGAAGCCCAGAAGCACGAUCCCCGCGAGGUCGUCGCCAACCCCCCAGUUUCCAACCAGCGCCUAUAGUGUUGCGACGGCAUAUCUUCCCGCGCCUACAGUCAAGGCCACACUGUCGGCUGCUCGAACAUACUCAGUAGUCAGUGUCGAGAAUACGGCGUCGCCGGCACCUCAUCCCGAUGACGCGGAAAUGGAAAAGUUCUUGGCGAGGUGGAAAGACUAGGCUUAAUGACAACUAUGAUGCAUGUACUUCACGAAUAUGUAUUCGGUUGCAGGGCUGGGCUAGGAUGGAUAUUGCGGCUGUGUCUCAUAAUAAUGUAAUCUUUCGUUUAUCUUGUAGUUACUGUCAUUUCGUGUCUGGAGCAUGUGAAUCGUGUUGGAGAAUAAAGAAACCAUGUACUUUCCAAAGACCGCU